ACACACCAACCAGCUCUCUCCUCUCUCCUCCUUGUCAUCCCCUCUUCCCCUCGUCCCUCAUUAUUGGCACUAUGUCAUUUCCCCGUCUACCUACGGAGUAGUCACUCCGCUUGUCCGAGUAUGGAUGUACGUGCGUCGGAACAAAGCAUUUGCUCGUCCUGUUCCUGUCUGGGCCCGUUGACUUUGGCGUCAUGGCCGGGCUAGACAGCGUCCUCAGGCCGGCUAGAAUGCCAGACUAUGUGUCCAUGACCACCUGAAUAUAUCCAUCCUAGCCUACACGCCCAUUUACUACAUGAAUCACGUACACCAUUUCGAUCCUUUGCCAAUUCAAUCAGUUUCGCGUUCUUCGUUUCUUUUCCUCGUGCCUCGGUCCAUACAACUCUCCACUCGCCGCAUACCCUUCAUACUUGCCCGUCCUUGGGCCAAUUGUGCAAUUCGUCAUUCCUCAUUCCAAGAGGACCAAAUCGUUCCUCCUUUCAUCCUGCGCAUCAUGUCUCCAAAUAACACGGUCCAGGACUCAGUCCAGUCCGCCUCCCUGUCAGACCCAGAGACGUUCUGGGACAAGCAUGCUAAAGAACUAUACUGGCACAAGCCCUACAGCUCAGCGCUACGACAGACAACCAAAAAAUUGCAAGGCGGUGUGUCACACCCACACUGGUCAUGGUUUCCUGACGGCGAAAUCAAUACCACAUACAACUGCGUCGACCGCCACGUCAAGGCUGGAAAUGGUGACAAACUUGCUCUUGCCUGGGACAGCCCCGUCAGUGGCAGCAAAGAAAAGUAUACCUAUGCGCAGCUCCUCGACGAAGUGGAACUGUUGGCUGGUGUUCUACGGGAAGAGGGCGUCCAAAAGGGUGAUGUCGUCCUCAUUUACAUGCCAAUGAUACCUGCUGCAGUCUUUGGAAUCCUCGCCACUGCUCGGCUGGGUGCAGUCCAUGCUGUAGUCUUUGGUGGGUUUGCUGCCAACAGCUUGGCCCAACGGAUCGAUGCUUCCAAGCCCAAGGUCAUCCUCACCGCCAGCUGCGCCAUUGAGGGCUCCAAAGGCCCUCUGGAGUACCGACCAUUUGUCGAGGGAGCAAUUAAACGAAGCAGCCACAAACCCAGCAAGACCAUCAUUUGGCAACGAGAAACGAGAUGGAAUCCUGUCAAAACGGAGGAAGGCCAAAGGAAUUGGCAAAGCCUGGUCAGAAAUGCUCGCGUGCGAAACACUCGGGCAGAGGCCGUUCCUAUCAAGAGUACCGAUCCUCUCUACAUCAUCUACACAAGUGGAACCACCGGCCUGCCCAAAGGUGUCCUGCGAGAAGCCGGUGGCCAUGCUGUCGCUUUGAAUCUGAGCAUCAAGUACUUAUUCGACGUCAAAGGGCCCGGCGAUGUCAUCUUUACUGGAAGUGACAUUGGCUGGGUUGUUGGUCACUCAUACAUCAUCUACGCUCCCCUUCUCGCUGGCGCUACAACCGUCAUGUAUGAAGGCAAACCCAUUGGAACCCCGGAUGCAGGCGCCUUCUGGCGAUUGGUAGAUGAGUACAAAGUCACGAGCUUAUUCACCGCACCCACCGCCUUGCGAGCCAUCAGGAAGGAGGAUCCUCAGGACAAGUUUUUCAAAGCCCUUGGUGACAAAGGUCGUUUGAGACACUUACGAGCGGUAUUCUUGGCUGGCGAAAGGUCAGAGCCGGCCAUCAUCACCCAUUAUCAGGAACUCUUGAGCAAAUAUGCGGCGCCGGACGCCCGUGUCAUCGAUCAUUGGUGGUCAAGCGAAUCUGGUAGUCCCAUGACGGGUCUUGCUUUGCGGCCUGCAAUUGGACUCGACCACCACAGCCGAGAACAACACAAAGCCCUUCAGAUCAAACCUGGUAGUGCCGGAAAACCAAUGCCAGGAUUCGACGUCCGCAUCGUGGACGAUGAGGGCAUUGAGGUCAAGCCAGGAAAUAUGGGCAACAUUGUUCUAGCCACCCCACUCGCCCCCACCGGCUUCACCACGCUAUUCAACGACGAUGACAGGUUUUACAAAGGCUAUCUGAAGAGAUUCGAGGGUAAAUGGCUCGACACUGGAGACGCCGGCAUGAUCGACGAGGACGGAUAUGUCCAUGUGAUGAGUCGGAGCGAUGACAUUAUCAACGUUGCUGCACAUCGAUUCAGUACUGGCGCGAUCGAACAAGCCAUCACAUCUCAUCCAGCUGUCGCCGAAGCUUGCGUAGUAGGUGUCCCCGACGCCAUGAAAGGUCAUUUACCGUUUGCAUUCGUCGUUCCUUCCACGUCCCAAGACUCAAAUCUCCCCGCAACCCCUUCGAAAGAGUUCUUCACCGAGAUCAACAAUAUUGUCCGGUCACAGAUUGGUGCCAUUGCCUCGCUUGGGGGUAUUGUUCAAGGCAAAGGGAUGAUCCCCAAGACUCGAAGCGGCAAAACCUUGAGAAGAGUGCUGAGAGAGUUAGUGGAGAACGGUGCCGAAGGGAAAUUUGACAAGGAAGUCAAUGUCCCUGCCACGGUCGAGGAUAAAGAGGUCGUCGAAGUGGCAAGACAAAGGGUGCGGGAGUGGUUUGACGAGAGGAAGAAGCAGACCGGAAAGGCCAAGUUGUAAUGGCAAAAUACAACAGAUCACUGUACAGAAAACUGCGGUAUAUCUACUCUCGCGCAUGACAACGGCUUACCCAGAUGGCGGUGCUGCGAAGAAGGGGGUAGAUGGACGCUUUGGAACAUGGGCGCUGCGAAUGCAGUAACGGCCUAAAGGAGGAAUUCUUUGUCAAUCUCGCAUUGCAAAGCCGUAAAUAAGGUUUAUGAUUAGAGGAUAGCUCCGCAAGCAGCGAAGCCAUUGUCAAGGCGAAUAUUGACUGAACAUUGAACAUUGAACA